UGUGGUUCUGUCAGUAGUAGGUGUUCUGUGGUUCUGUUAGGUGUUCCGUGGUUCUGUGAGCGGCUACUGCAAUGGCGUCAGGCGGGGACGCGACCUACCUGGCCUUGCUGGGUUUGGCCGAAGAGUUCCGCACCAUGAGCCCUCCAAGCAUGAAAAACUGCAUACGCUGUCUCUUGGCAGUGUUUCACCUAAAUCCUGCUCCUAGAAUUGAGGCCAUCACGCACCUUCAGCUGGGUCAGAACCUCAUGCUGUACACCAACAACGCUGAGCUGGCUCAGUCGCAUCUCGAGAAAGCAUGGUACCUCUCCCAGAAUAUUGCAGGUAUGGAUGACGUGAAGUUUCAGGCUGCUAGUACAUUGGCCGACCUGUACGAAAGAAGAAACCAGACAGCACUGGCGAAGCAAAUUUUGAAUACAGCCAUUGAGUGCUCCCGGCACUCUACACUUUGGCACUGCCGACUCAUCUUCCGAAUUGUUCAAAUGUUUGCCACGGAACGAGACUACCCAAGUGCUUGCAGCUUUUUGAGCAUCGGUGCAGAGUAUGCUCACCUGAUGGGAGCACAGUACACACGUAUCCUGUUCCUUCUCAGCGAAGGCAUGCUGCUGAUGGUGGAUCGCAAGCUGGCUGAAGUGCAUCAGGUGCUCAGUCAGGCUGGACAGCUUGUGGAAGCAUGGCAGGGCUCCACCCAGCACAAGGAAGCACUCAAGGUGUUUUUCCUCGUCUUGCAGGUCUGUCACUACCUGUCUGCGGGGCAGGUGAAAAGUGUAAAACCUUGCCUGAAACAGCUUCAGCAAGGCAUUCAGACUAUCACAUCAUUGCACUCGGAUGAGGAGACUGUGCCAUCAAAUCCUGGCGACAUGUUUCACUGGAUGCCCAAGGAGCACAUGUGUGUGCUAGUAUACUUGGUGACAGUACUACAUUCAAUGCAGGCUGGCUAUAUGGACAAAGCGCACAAAUACACUGAUAAGGCUCUUAUGCAAAUCGAGAAGCUUAAAAUUGUCGACAGCAACCCAAUCCUGCACUCAUUCCAAUUGCUGCUCCUGGAACACAUUGCCAUGUGCCGCUUGGUCAUGGGAAAUAAGACACUCGCCAUUCAGGAGGCCUCGCAGGCUCUGCAGAUCUGUCGUCAAGAGCCACGUCUGUUUUCCCGUCACAAACCUCAGCUGCAUACACUUCUGGGCUUGUAUGCCAUGUCCAUGAACUGCAUGGAGGCUGCUGAAGCUCAAUUCAACACAGUCCUUCGGAGCAUGGCAUCACCAGAGCUACGAAUCCUGGCCAGCCUUAACUUGGUUAUUGUGUACCUGCGGUGCCAUCGAGAAAAGGAGCUACAGGAGCUGCUUGUUCGACUUAAUCCAGAGACUCUACCUUCAGCAUCUCACAGUUUACGAGCGGCUGCCUAUUAUGUCCAUGGAUUCAAUGCCUUCUUUCAAGCCCGCUACAAUGAUGCCAAGCGCUACUUGCGAGAGACGCUCAAGAUGGCGAAUGCUGAAGACCUGAACCGUCUCACUUCAUGCUCACUGGUGCUCCUGGGGCACAUCUUCUUCUCGUUGGGCAACAGUCGUGAGAGCAUGAACAUGGUCACACCAGCCAUGCAACUUGCCAGCAAGAUCCCCGACGUGCACGUGCAGCUCUGGGCAUCUGCCCUCCUUAAAGACCUGUACCGACUGUGUGGCCAGCCACUGCAGGAGCAAGAAGCCAUCCAGACGCAUGCCAAUUUCUCACAGCUCUUGCUCAAGGACCACUUUCAGGCGUCUCAACUGCCAGAACAUAACUUGAUUCAAUGGAUUGAUGGAGAGCCACCUGUCAUGAACACAGCGUCAACCAGCUCAGCAAUUCCAUAAACUGGCAUUGCUAGGGAUUCUGCUGAAACUAAAAUUUUAUGUGCGUGCUUA